GAUUACAUUGUUUGGAGUGCCGGUGAGAGUUUACUAAUAUCUUGAAAGUCUCUCAAUUCUGUUUUCUGCAAGGAGAAAAGCCGGCUGAUAUGUACGAUUCAUGAAAUCAGGGGCUGGUGGAAAGGGCGGCCCCGAACGGACAUAUGCCAUCGAUCGCGACGCAGCAAUCCACUUUAUCCGCGCUGCCGCAUCCACCCCGACCGUGACCCGCUUCCUGAUGAUCUCGUACCUCGCCUCGCGCCGCUCCAAGCCGGCCUGGUGGUCGGACGAGGCCUGGCGCGCCGCCGAGGAGGUCAACACCAAGGUUCUGCCGCACUACUACGCCGCCAAGCUGGCCGCCGACGAGGUUCUGUAUGCGGUGUCCAAGGAGCGGAGCGGCUUCGUCGGUAUCAACCUCCGCCCGGGCUCCCUUACGCUCGACCCGGCGGGUAAGGUCGAGUUGGGGAAGACGAAGCAUUCGAGGGGGAAUGUCAGCCGCGAGAGCGUGGCGAAGGUGGCGGAUUUGUUGUUGGCGAGCGAGGGCGUGAAGAGUGCGUGGGUGGAUUUGUUGGAUGGGGAGGAGGACAUGGAGCAAGCGGUGCAAAGGGUUGUCGCGGAGGGGGUGGAUGCUGCUGAGGGGGAGGCCAUUUUCUAGAGGUAUUAUGUUGGAUUGAACGGCAGAUACUAUGCACGUGUCUUGGUACUUCUGUUUUGCUCAUGUCUGGAGCCUCGGGAUCCUGAAACCUCUGAGAUUACCUAGAGGUAGUAUGUAUACUACUGCAAGUACUCUCCGACACGAGGACAGAGGCAAGAGUCACCAGACAGAGGCGCGGACGACUUGCGCAGACAACUGCACAGUGUAUUGGUUGUUUUGAAAUGUUCAUCGAAUUCAUCUAAACAGUCAUCCUCGAG